GGAGGUCAUUUUUAAACUGUUUCUAGUUCCUUUUGAAUUUGGGCCAGUAAGGUUAUGUUUAAAGAACAGACCUUAUUCGGAACUCAACUUAUCCCUAGAAAAGUUCCAAAAGCAUGAUAAUCCCAAAGUGAAAAAAGAUAUGUUAAGUUGAAAUCUGGCGGUUAUCAAGAUCUUGAGGAUGAUUUCCAAGCGAUAUGACCAUCUCCUACGGUUGCUCCUUGUUGGAGAGACAGGGGUUGGGAAGACGUGUUUGCUAUGCAGGUUUUCUUCAGAUGAUUUCAUCUCUUCACAUAUUUCGACAAUAGGUAUUGACUUCAAGAUGAAGAUGAUGGAUAUUGAUGGCCAGACUGUAAAGGUUCAAGUUUGGGACACUGCAGGCCAGGAGAGGUUUGAGGCAAUAACCAAGCAGUUCUACCGACGUGCACAGGGUAUUCUACUUGUAUUUGACAUUUCCAGUAGAAAAUCAUAUGAAUCUGUGCCAAGAUGGUUAAAGUUGAUAAAAGAGAACUGCAAGGAGCACACAGUGGUGACACUGAUAGGGAACAAGACUGACAAGCUGGAAACCAGACAGGUGACAUUCCUGGAGGCACAGACGUUUGCAGAUCAAAACAGUAUAAACUUUUAUGAAGUCAGUGCAAAAGACAGAAAUAAUGUUGACAAGCCAUUUCGAGAUGUCUGUCGAGCAGUACUUCAGCACGAGUCUCUCACAGAACCGGAACGAGAGAAUACGAGCAUCACGAUCGACACGCAGGUUCAGACAGAGGGCUCUACCCAAGAAGGACCAGGGACCAGUGUUGUUGGUAGCGCAACCUCUAGUCAAACGCAGGCAAACUGGUGUUGCUCCAUAUCUUAGCGGAUUUUGACAGUUCUAAUAAUGACCUAUGUGACAUGACGUUUAGGCAGUUAUUUAAGUGCUAUUUGGUAUAUUUUUAAAGGCUUUGGUUUAUUAACUAGUAUUAAUGUGCUAGUUCAUCAAACAGGGUAUGAUUUACUUGAUCUUAAUACAAUCAAGAGUAUACAAAAUCCUAUAACGCUAAUAAUUAUGAAAAAAUGUAUUAAUAAACGACUGGGGACAUAUUGUUUUUCAGUUCUAAAUGUGAUUUUACAUGGAAACUUUGUAUUUAUGUAGUAACCAAUGGCAUAUAAUUUGCAUUGUCAAAGUGGUUGAACUGAUUAAUACUGGUUGAAGUGUGUAUCAGUAUCUUUAUAUUUAUUAUAACAUGUUUAAUUGUGUACGUUUAAGUUAUUGGUUGAAUUAGGCACUUUCAGGGUGUUCUGAGGGAUUGAUAAUUAAUCUAAUGGUAAUUAUCAAACUGUUUUCAAGGUUAUAUGAGCAAAAACUGGCAUGCAAGUUGCACAUCAUGACAGUGUUUUUGGGCAUGUAUAAAUGAAUACUUAAAUGAAUAGUGUUUACCUGGCCAUAACAAAGUGAGAUAAUAUCACACAAAUUAAAUUAUAUAUUUAGUGUCCACUUUAAUAUAAACUUACCAGCCAGGGAGGGAAAAAAGGUCAUUUUUUUUCAAUCUAGUGGAACAAUGCAGUUAUGAAAAAAUAUCAAUAUAUUUGUUAACAUUAUAUUUAAAGAUACUUAAUUAAGUAUGUUUUAAGUUAUUUUAAAUAUAAUAUGAUAAGUUGAAAAAAUGUUAAUUGAAAAAAUAAAAAUAGCGGUAACACCAGCAUUAUUCAAGAUUGAUAUAAAGCGCCCAUCAUAUAUAUUGAUGUUUACAAACCAUCAUAUUACAAAAUAUUUUAGAUGUACAAUGAAGGGAAAAACUGCAGUAGUACAUUUUUUAAAUGUUCGUUGGACCUAUGUAAGGCGCCAGAAGAUUAAAAUAGGAAUUUUAAGGUAUUGUCUAUACUCUUGAUUUUUGAUUUCCCACAUUUUCAAAAAAGUUAUUUUUUGGUCAGACUUCCAUAAACCGAUUCAAGAAGCGAUGCUAAACGGAGAAUCAAAUUUGAAGGACCUGAUGAAAACUUGAAUUAUACAAACACAUUUAUUUGACGCAAGUUUUAAAUUAUCAUGUAUUCAAACAACUUAAGAAUAACUCCAUUAAACCCUCCACACACAUACCAUUCAGUUGCAAUGGGGUGGGGGCAAACUGGUUUCAGCUCUUCUAUGUAUGUCCAAUUCAUAUCUUGAAAACUAUUUCAGGCAUCAACUUCAAACUUUAUGGUAAAUAAAACUGAUUAUGGGUAAGUGUAGUGCUUAUCAGACAUAACUCCUGCUUUCAUAUUGUAGAGUUAUUGUCCUUUGUAUAAUAUCAAAAUUUAAAGAUGUUUAAACUUAAAAGUUCAUUUUUAGAUAGAUAUAAUUGGGGAGGGGGCAUGGUGUUGCAGUGCAGUACUCUAGAGCCACAACUCUUGCUCCCAUAGUUUUAAAGUUAUUGCCAUUUGUUCGUGUUUAUACUCAAACUUUGUCCUGAGCAUAUCUUUAAAGCUUUAAUAUGUAUCAACUUAACACAUGUUUUAUUAUUUGUAUACAUUGUUAGAUUUUAAGUUAACACGAGGUACACAUUUUGCCUUUAUGUUUUCAAGUCAUUUCCCUUGGUUUUUUAUUUAAAGUUUUUCUGGCGAAUACUUUGAAAACUAAAACGGGUAUUAAAUUGAAGAUUCAUAGGUAGAUACAUCUCGCAUGGUGGAUGUGCACAAGAGCCGUCACUCUUGCUUCUAUAUUUUUAGGGUUGUUGCACUUUCUUACUUUUUAUACUAACAAUUUUUAUUUAAAAUAUCUUGAAAUAUCCCAGAGGUUACAACUUUGAAGUUAAUAUGUAGAAUGAUCUUAUUAAUGUUAUGUGUGGUGCACAUGAGCAAUAACUCUUGUCACCAUAUUUUUAUAGUAAUUUCCCUUUGAUAAUGUAUAACAUGUACAGUUUGUGUGGGGCAUAUCUUUCGAUCUAUACAAUGUACCAAGCUUAAAUUUAAUAGGUAAACAGAUGAUAAUUAAGGAGAGUGCAGUGCGCAAAAAAAAAACACCCCUGCUUUUGUAAUUCUACAACUAUUGCCUUUGUUAUUUUGUGGCUGAGAUUUUUGAAAGGGAAUAUCUUGACUGCAUGAGGUAUUACGAUCAAACUCAUUGGUAGGAAGCUUAAUGUGUAACCAGUGCUUUUAACUGAACUGCCUAUUCCAUCUGGAAAACUACGUGGCUGUGGUAUUUUAGAUUCAGCAGUAACAGCUGCAUUUUUUAUUGGAAUAGCAUACAUGCAUUGUGCAUUUUCAAAGGCCUUAUUGUUUAAUAUGUUCAAAAGGACUGGUGUUUAUUACAAGUGUAUGAGCCUUUAUGAUUGAACAUUUCUUUCAAUGUACAUGUAAACAUUCAUUGUAUUUUUAUUAUGGUUUGUUUUUGCUUUGAAUGUCUUCCAACAUAAAAUAUGCUUUACUAUUUAGUAAGUUGUUGUGAUAUACAUCUGCCUGGUAUACAAAAACGUGUACUGAAAUGUCAUACGUGUAAAAGCAUACAGUAGCUCCAUUUAUAACAGGUUUUGUUUCUUGGAAAAUGAAAUAAAGGAACAUGUUUACGGGAACCAGGCUGAUGACUUAAACGUUGUCUUUGAGAUUGCGAAAUACGAAAACAAAAAUAUGAAAUAUUUGUUGCCCAUAUGUUGCAUUGAUAUUUUAUACUAGGUGAAGGAAUGCUAGUCUGGACUGUGCCAAAGUUAUGAAAUACAAAAGUUAUUAAAUAGUUAUGAAAUAGUGGAAAACAUGUUUAUAUGUAUUACAUGUCAAUGCUAGCGGUAAUAAACUUGCAUUUGCCAAUAAUCUGUAUGCCAUGUUUUUGGUGAAAAACAAUUACCGGUAUGCAAGUCUUUAAUUCAUAACAUAAAUUGUAAUGAAACUCUAAUAUUUGAAGCUGUAUUAUUGUAAGCAAUUGGAUAACUAGUUAUCUGUUUUCUUUGCGCAUAAAGUACUUUAUUAUUGUUGUAUAAUGUUUUAAUAAUACAAAAAUGUAUUUGAAAUGCAAGAGACAAAGAUUUUCUGUUAUAUGCUUAAACAAUGUAGCUUUUGUGUUUAUGAAUGUAUUUUUAAAUAUAAAUCAAAGCUCA